AUGGGGCAGACUGUCUCAACCCCUUUAAGCCUGACUCUGAAAUAUGGGAUUGAUGUGAAGGACAGAGCUCAUAAUUCGUCUGUGCAGGUUAGAAGGAAUAAAUGGGCCACACUUUGUUCUUCGGAGUGGCCGACUUUCCAACUCAGGUGGCCCACUGAAGGUUCCUUCUCUCCGCCAUUGAUCACAGUGGUAAAAUGGAAGAUUUUCAGUUCUGAAAGUCACCCAGACCAGAUACCUUAUAUCAUUGUCUGGGAAGAUCUAGUCACGGAUCCUCCUCCGUGGGUCCGUCCCUUUGUUCCCUUAACAGGUCCGUCAGCUGUAUUUGCUCUUUGAGAAAUAGAAAAGAAACUGGAGGUCCUGCCAUCCACUGACCUGGACUGGCUUCUUUCUGAUCCUCCUCCCCCUCCCUAUCCCCCUUCUCUCCAAGCACAGGCAGUCCGCCUGUCAGCUCCACCAGAGGACCCACAAGAACCCAAGAGAGGGCCUGCUCAAGGGACAUGCAGUAAAUGAGUGGCCUCUCCAGAGGCAAUUCCUAUCUUCCCUCUGCGGGCUUAUGGCCCUCCCGAUGAAGAAGGCAACCAGCCUUUACAGUACUGGCCUUUCUCUUCUUCCGAUCUUUACAAUUGGAAAUCUCAGAAUCCCCCUUUUUCUGAAAACCCCCAGGGUCUCACUAACCUUGUAGAAUCCCUUCUAUUUACUCAUCAGCCCCCCUGGGAUGACUGCCAGCAGCUCCUCCAGGUCCUGUUCACCACCGAGGAGAAACAACAAAUCCUCCUGGAGGCCCGAAAGAAUGUUCCAGGAGACGAUGGGCAACCUACCUUCCUCCAUGAUGUUAUAGAUGCAGGAUUCCCAUUAACCAGACCAAACUGGGAUUUCAACUCAGCAGAAGGUAGGGAGCACCCGAAGGUCUAUCACCAGGCUCUAAUGGAAGGUCUCUGAGGGGCAGCAAGACGCCCCACCAAUUUGACUAAGGUAAGAGAGGUAAUCCAGGGGCCCAAUGAGUCUCCGUCAGCAUUUCUGGAGAGACUCAUGGAGGCAUUCCAUCAGUUUACCCUGUAUGAUCCUAGUAGUGAAGUGCACAAGGCUACAGUGACAGUUGCUUUUACUGACCAGUCUAGCAGAGACAUCAGGAAGAAACUGCAGAAGUUUGAAGGGUUACAAGAUAAGUCAUUGAGGGAAUUAGUGCAGGUGGCUGAAAAGGUUUAUCAUAAUAGAGAGUCAGAGGAAGAAAAGGAAGAGAGAAAGCAGAAAGAGCAGGAGGCUAAAGAAAUAAAGAGGGAAAAGUGCCAAGAAAAAAAUUUUCACAAAAUUCUGGCCACUGUAGUCAGGGAAACUAGGGAGCCUAGUAAGACAGUACUGGGCAACAGGAAGGGACCCCUGGCAAAGGAUCAAUGUGUGUACUGCAAGGAGAAAGGACACUGGCUUCGAGAAUGCCCCAAGGAAAAGAAAAAGCCUCAGGCCCCCAAAGUCUUGGCCCUGCAGGAAGACAGUGAUUAGAGGGGACGGGGUUCGGGCCCCCUCCCCGAACCCAGGGUAACUCUAACAGUGGAGGGGAAGCCUACUCAGUUCGUGGUAGACACUGGAGCUGAAAAUUCAGUAAUACCACGAGCAAAUGGACCCCUUCUCAAAGGGAAGUAGUGGGUACAAGAGGCUACAGGGUACAGGCAGUACUCAUGGACUACCCAAAGAAUGGUGGACCUAGGCGUGGGCUGGGUAUCCCACUCGUUCAUUGUUAUACCUGAGUGCCCCUACCCACUACUGGGAAGAGACCUCCUCACCAAAAUCCAUUUGGGUGCUCAAAUCCAUUUUGACCCCGAGGGACCUCGGGUACUAAAUCGACAAGGAAAGCCUCUCAAGGUACUAACUCUCAGGUUGGAAGAUGAAUACCAACUGUUUGAAAAACAAGGGUGGGAGACCGGACAGAUGCACUGGUGGUUAGAAAACUACCCCCAGGCGUGGGCAGAAACUCCUGGGAUAGGGAAGGCUAAAAACCGGCCCCGUCCCAUAGAGCUGAAAGCUCAAGCCAGCCCUAUAGCUGUCCGACAAUACCCAAUGUCCCAAGAGGCACGCGAAGGCAUCCAACCCCACAUUGCCCAUUUGCUCCAGCUGGGGAUCUUAUGAAAGUGCCAAUCAGCCUGGAACACGCCCUUGCUGCUGGUCCAAAAACCUGGGACUAAUGACUACUGACCGGUCCAAGACCUCUGAGAGGUAAAUAAGCGAGUGGCCAAUUUCCACUCCACAGCUCCUAACCCCUAUAAUCUUUUAAGUUCUUUACCUCCCAGGACCUGGUAUUCGGUACUGGAGCUCAAAGAUGCAUUCUUCUGUUUGCAGCUGACUGUAGAAAGUCAAGAUUACUUUGCCUUCAAGUGGAAAGAUCCAGAGACUGGCCUAGCAGGGCAACUCACGUGGACCCACCUGCCUCAAGGGUUCAAAAAUUCGCCCACUAUCUUUGAUGAGGCCCUCCACCAAGACUUGGCUAUGUUCUGGGCCUCUAACCCUCAGGUAACUCUGUUGCAGUAUGUAGAUGAUCUCCUCCUGGCAGCGGCCGACGAGGAACUGUGUCUGGAAGGAACAAAGCAUCUCCUUACGGAGUUGGGAGAACUGGGUUAUCAAGCCUAUGCCAAAAAGGCUCAGAUCUGCAAGCGACAGGUCAGUUACCUGGGGUGCCUUCUUAAAGACGGGAAAAGAUUGUUGUCUGAGGCCAGAAAACAGACAGUGUUUCAUAUUCCGCCACCCGCUAAUCCAAGACAAGCCAGGGAAUUUUUAGGUACUGCCGGGUUCUGCCGCCUAUGGAUACCUGGUUUUGCUGAGAUGGCAGCCCCGUUAUAUCCCCUCAUUAAGAACAGUCAGCCUUUCAAGUGGGGAAAGGAAGAACAACAGGCUUUUAACAACAUCAAGACGGCCUUAAUGUCCGCACCGGCUCUGGGGCUCCCCGACAUAACCAAGCCCUUCCACCUGUAUGUGGCAGAAAAUAAGGGGGUCACAAAGGGGGUCCUAACUCAAAGACUGGGGCCCUGGAAAAAGCCUGUAGCAUAUCUGUCUAAAAAACUAGACCCAGUAGCUUCGGGGUGGCCAGCUUGUCUAAGAAUCAUAGCAGCAGUCGCAGUUCUAGUAAAAGAUGCUGACAAGUUGACUAUGGGACAGAGUUUAGUAAUCUCGGCACCUCAUGCCUUAGAGAGUACUGUCCGCCAGCCCCCCGACCGCUGGCUCACAAAUGCUCACAUGACUCACUAUCAGACUCUGUUACUGAAUUCAGACCGGGUUACUUUUGCUCCACUGGCAAGCUUAAAUCCAGCCACGUUGCUCCCAGACCCUGACCUUGACCCUCCUAUCCAUGACUGCCAACAAGUGCUUGCUGAGGCACAUGGAUGGUGGAAAGACUUGUCAGAUCAGCCUCUGACGAACGCCAAAACCACCUGGUUUACUGAUGACAGCAGUUACCUGGAGGAAGGAGUACAAAAAGCAGGAGCCACUACAAUAGGUGGCCAGAACCUAAUAUGGGCACAGGCCUUACCUGCAGGAACGUCCACUCAGAAGGCAGAACUCAUCGCCCUCACAAAAGCCCUUGAACUAGGAGAGGGCAAAAGAAUCAACAUCUAUACGGGCAGCAGGUAUGCCUUUGCCACUGCCCAUGUGCAUGGUGCUAUCUAUCAACAGCGGGGUCUGCUAACCUCUGGAGGAAAAGAAAUCAAAAACAAGGCAGAGAUCAUAGCCCUGCUGGAGGCCCUUCACCGACUGCUAAAAGCGAGUAUUAUACACUGCCCGGGUCACCAAAAAGGGGAUUCCCCCAUUGCCAGGGGAAACAACUUGGCCGAUUCUGAAGCAAGGGCGGCAGCCAAUAGGUCCAUGUCUAUUCUGUUAGUUGACAUCCCUAAGCUAAAAAAUACCAAGUUUAAAUACUGUGCUGAGGACGUAGCAGUGAUCUCAAGGGACUCUAAUAACCACUUUGAUCAGGAAAAAGGGCGUUGGCAUGCAGCGUCAGGCAAGCCUAUCUUGCCACAAGAACAAGCAUGCAUCAUGAUCAAACAAAUGCACCAAUGGACUCAUCUAGGAGUAAACAAAUUGGCCCAGACUGCCCUGAGGACAAAAUAUCAUAUCAUAGGGCUAAAACAAUUAGCAGAACAGAUAGUUAAAAGCUGUGUACCUUGUCAAAAAGUAAAUGUCUGCAAAAAUACAGCGGGACCUGGCAAGAGACUCAGGGGAGACAGACCAGGGAUGUAUUGGGAAGUAGAUUUUACAGAGAUCAAGCCAGGCAGAUAUGGUUACAACUAUCUCCUAGUGUUUACAGACACCUUCUCCGGAUGGGUAGAAGCCUUCCCAACAAAACAAGAAACAGCCACCGUCAUGGUCAAGAAAAUCCUGGAAGAAAUCUUCCCACACUUUGGGGUGCCCAAGGUAAUCGGGUCCGACAAUGGACCCGCUUUCAUAGCCAAGGUAAGCCAGGGAGUGGCCAGACACCUAGGGGUCGAUUGGAAAUUACAUUGUAUCUACAGACCCCAGAGUUCAGGGCAGGUAGAAAGGAUGAACAGAACUCUAAAAGAGACCCUGACUAAAUUAACCAUGGAGACUGGCGUAGACUGGGUGGUGCUCCUUCCCUUGGUCCUGUUUAGAGCUAGGAACACCCCCUCCCGGUUCGACCUGACCCCCUUUGAAAUUCUCUAUUGUGCCCCCGCCCCCUUGACUUUACUGGGGAACGCCUUUGAACCCACUUGCCACAGUAACAGUGACUUAUAUGCCAGGUUAAAAGGACUGCAAGCAGUGCAGAAGGAAGUCUGGAUGCAGCUGGCAGCUGCCUAUGAGCCUGGGACCCCCGAAGUUUCUCACCAGUUCCAUGUUGGAGACACAGUCUAUGUGAGAUGACAUUGCUCCCAGACCCUGGAGCCCCACUGGAAAGGACCUUACCUAGUGCUCUUAACAACCCCAACGUGUGUGAAGGUAGAUGGGAUCUCCACUUGGAUCCACGCCUCGCAUGUAAAACCCGUGCCGCCAGAGGACCAAGGACCAGGAGACGCCACCUGGAGAGUCCAGAGUUCCAAGGAGCACCCCUUAAGACUGAAAAUUGUUCGAACACCCUAA